ACUAGCACCGACGCCGGACCGCUGCCGUCGCCCUUAUAAUAGUUGUGGUGGCAAUAGCCAUGACACGAGAUUCGGCGGCGGUCGCCGCUCUAGACGACCGCCGCCGCCGCUGCCCUAUAUCGGCGGCAUCCGACGUAGCGGACGACGCCUCGACACUGAUGACGACCAACGGUAUCGCUACGAGCGGUUCGAGUAGCAACGACGACGUCGGCGGCGCAGACGAAGGCGGCAGCCUCAAGUCAUCGUCCGAAGUGUCGACGACCACCAGCUGCUGUGGCGGUAGCAGCAGCAGCAGCAGCAGAAGUGGUAGCGACGACGACGACUCUGCCACCGUUACCAGGCUGUCUACAACGAUUGAUGACGGCUGUUCUACGCCCGUCAAAACCCCGACAAUGCCCCUGUCGUCGCCCAAACAAACGGGAGACGACAAUAACGGUGAUAGAGAUUCUUCUAGCAGUACUCACAGUGAUGAAGCGGCCGCGUCCACCACUCCAACGAGUAUUGGAGGGCGUCUGACGUUCUAUAAAGAUGGCAAAUUUAUAUUCCAAUUAGCAGCCCAUCAUCAACAAAAUGCAUACAAUACGUCUGCUAUAACAUCUCCAUGUCGUUGGGUACCAGUUCCAACAGUGAUACAGCAACAUAAAAAUAAUGUCAAGUGUAUAGGUGAGUGGUCACAAAAUCAGCAAAAUAAGACAAUAUGGCCUUACUUGGUUUCCAAUACUGCCUCUGACAGUAAGUCACCUCAACCGAUACAGCAAUCGCAACCACAAACUGUAAGAAUUGGUGAGCGGAAGCAACAAUUUCAACACAGGACGACGCCCCCGCCAUUUUCUCUCAUUACCAGUACUGGUAAUACAACUACACAAUCUGGUGGAAUUGUAGUUGCAACAACGACAAAUAUCGUGCGAAGACCUUCUAGAAAGUGUUCAACUACAAUAGCAGCAGAAAAUAUUACCGAUUUUCAACAUCUACGCUGUCAACCAUCCGCACAAUCACGAGGUUUACCAAGACGCUCACAGCAACACCAACAUCAGGCGUUCAUGAUGAUUGCCACCGAAACAAUAAAGGUUCAGAGGCGCUUAUUAUCAUUGCCAAAAAAGCAAAGUCUCUGGUGUCAAAGAAAGAGAAAAUCUGUGAUUAAAAACUCCACGUUACAAGAACUUAAGCCCCCGAAAAUAAAUUUAGAAUGUGUUGUUCGGAACCUGUGGUGUCGGCGACAUACAACGGAAUUAUUGUUGCGCAGGCAACUCUCGAUUAACAAUAGUGGAGAUACUGUUGCUGCUGCUAUUUCUGCUGUCGUUGAUGUCCCACCUAUCGUUUCUCGUCACGUCACCGUUUCUUCAACAAGCGUUGUCGAUUCCUCGUGUUCUAAUACGGGAGGUAGCAAGAGGCGAUCGAUGGUUUCUCCAUCGCCCACUACCGCUACCCAAAUUCCCGUCACAGCUACUACAAUAACCCUUAGUAAUAAGAGUGGUAAUAGUAGCCCUCACAAAAAAUAUAAAUUGGGAUACCAGCAGCCGCCAGAACAGAUGCUACUACCGCAGCGACGGUUAGUAGUUGAUAAAAAUGUAAAAAAAGUUAUUCCACAACCUCCGCCGCAAGCCAUGUCCACCAACGAUCACAGCAUAACUGCGAUAUUGUCUGGUGGUGCGGCGGGAGCGAAACGCUCUAAUGGUAGUGGUGCCAUUUCAAUGGUAAUGGAUCCAGAAAACUGUGUCAUUACCACACCUACUUCUACUAGUACAAUAUUGUCACCACAUAAAAAUCUUAAUACGCCAUCACCUGCACCACUAUCCUUAUUGCGUACAUUGCUCAAGAGUCCCAGUGGUGAAAGCGGUUCACCGCCCAUAGCUGCUAGUACAAAUGGUGUUGGAUACAGGCAUCAUACGAAUAGCAGCAGAAAAAGGUCAUCAGUCGAAUCAUUACCGCCUAUUAAUGCAGCUUCCGUUAAAGUUGAAAAUGGCCUAGGAACGCCAUCGAUGUCAAUACCGUCAGUUGGUGCUAAUGCAGCUGAUAAUGCUUCUGCCGUUCUAACUGCUCUUCAUCAACUUCCAACUAUUCACCAUCCUGCUGCUGGACAAUUAGCCGCGGCUGGUUACUUUAAUGUGUUAUACCAUCAAGCCGCAAUGGCUGCUGCUAUGGCCUAUCAAACCCACGCACAACUGCCACAACCGCUGUCAAAAUCGCAACCACCGCCUUUAUUGUCUUCACAAUUUCCCACAACCAGUGGUGCCAAUAGUACUUGGCAACGUCAAAUGAAUCGGCGGCCACCUCUUCUACAUCCGCCAGAAGCAAUUGUUGGAAGUGGAGUUACUAAUGCCACUAUCUCUUCAUCUGCAUCAACGGUUGUGGCACCUUACUCUUCACCUUUGAUAGCUGCCACAGUCAAUGGCAGUAAUUUAUUGCCACCUGCUACUCCGUCGCCGCCUCCUUCUUUAAUGUUGCAUCCUCAUCCUGUUCACCCCCACCAUUUAUUGUUACACCAUCAGCAACAGUAUCAACUAGCGCCCACGGUACAACAACAACCAUCACCGUUCCAUCGACAACAGGGUAGUAAUGUCAAAAAAAGAACUGGAGUGGCGAUAGGUGCUACCGAGUAUGGCGGUUAUAUAGAAGAAAAUAACUCUGAAGUUGUAGCUACCCUAGAUGAAGAGUCAUCCUCUUCCACCGAUUGUAUGCCGCUCAAUCUAUCCAAGGAUUCUAUAGCUGAAAACGUCAGUGGUACUAGUCCAACGGCAAGAGUCAGGUGACACUUGAGCGAAAAUUACUACAAUAGACUAGCUAUUAGCAUUAGACUGUUUGGCCGCUUCUUAAAGGCUAACUGAGUAUACUAUUUCAUUAUCGUGUCAAAUACUAUAUGUACUGAAUAUGCGAAAAUGUAUGCAUGAAUAUAAAAAAACAAUAUUAUAUUUUGUAAAUAUAUAUUCAUACAUACAUAAAUACAUACAUACAUAUAUAUUAUGUAAAAUGAUAAUAAUAUAUAUAUAUAUAUAAUCGUUUAUUCAAAUGUCGCGUCUUAUUGUUUUAUUAUUUUGUAAAUAGACAUAAAACAAAAAGAAAAGUCGCAUGUGCGUGUAGUCAUAAGAAAAUUAUUUGUUACAAUAAAAAAAAACAAUCAAUUAUA